GGCCGGGGAGCGGCGCGCGCGGAGGUAGGCGGCCGGAGCGCGAGGCGCGGAGCUGGGCCCACACUGAGGCCGGAGCAAAAUGGCGGACAGGUUCUCCCGCUUCAACGAGGACCGGGACUUCCAGGGUAAUCAUUUUGAUCAAUAUGAAGAAGGACACUUGGAGAUUGAGCAAGCAUCUCUAGACAAGCCUAUAGAAUCGGAUAAUAUUGGACACCGCUUACUCCAGAAACAUGGGUGGAAGCUGGGCCAGGGAUUGGGAAAAUCGCUCCAGGGUAGAACGGAUCCCAUCCCUAUCGUCGUCAAGUAUGAUGUCAUGGGCAUGGGCCGUAUGGAAAUGGAGCUUGAUUAUGCUGAAGAUGCCACUGAACGGAGGCGUGCACUGGAGGUGGAAAAAGAAGACACUGAAGAGCUGAGGCAGAAGUACAAGGAUUAUGUCGACAAAGAAAAGGCAAUUGCCAAAGCGCUGGAAGACCUCAGAGCAAACUUUUACUGUGAACUGUGCGACAAGCAGUAUCAAAAGCAUCAAGAGUUUGACAACCAUAUAAACUCUUAUGACCAUGCUCAUAAACAGGAAGGAACUCGGGAUUAUUGCGAAUCAGGGACAAUAGCUGAUGUAUUGAAAGCAAAUCCUUCUAAUUUUGGAGUCCAGAUCACAAGAAGGUUGAAGGAUCUCAAGCAAAGGGAGUUUGCUCGCAAUGUCUCUUCAAGAUCACGUAAAGAUGAGAAAAAGCAGGAGAAGGCCCUUCGGCGUCUACAUGAAUUGGCUGAACAGAGAAGACAGUCUGAAUGUGCUCCUGGAAGUGGGCCCAUGUUCAAAACAACCACUGUGGCUGUAGAUGAAGAAGGUGGUGGUGGUGGUGAUGAUGAGAAUGAAUCAGCAGCUAACAGCAGUUCUUCCAUCCAAACAACUUCUAGUCAGGCCACAGAAAUGAUAAUGGACAGAGGUAUCCUUAACAUUGGACAAGUCAGCAGCACCCUUAUGCCUGGACAGUUGCCCAUCCAGACAACACAGGCAAUCAGUUUUGGCCUUAAGAAUAAUUCGGGAACGCCACUGCAAAAAAUAGGAGUUUCAUUCUCGUUUGCCAAGAAGGCUCCAGUAAAACUUGAGUCUAUAGCAUCUGUUUUCAAAGACCACGUGGAUGAAUCUAGUCCUACAGAUGGAACAAAAUCUGAUGAUAGAGCCUCUGAUCAAGGAGCUCUGCAGAAGGCUGGUGAGAAUGAAAACACAAAUAGUCCAGAUGGCAAACCUGAUGAAGAUGACUCGCAUGAAAAAGACAGUGGUGGGUCUUUAGCCACUACACUAUCUAAAUUAAAAAAGAUGAGACGAGAAGAUGGACCGGCACCAGUAGAGCCAGAAUAUUAUCAUUAUAUUCCGCCAGCCCAUUGUAAAGUAAAACCUAACUUUCAAUUCUUACUUUUCAUGAAAUCCACAGAACAAAUGGAAGCAGAAAAUGUGAACAAAAAAAACGUACAUGACACUAAAAAGGGUAAUUCUCCAAAACCCAAGGCUGGCAAGCAUGCAGAAAAAUCAGCUGAGAGCACCGUGCAGCAGAAGGAACCAAGUACUAUUGAACUUACAGACCAGAAAGGCAAAAUGGAAACAAAAGAAACUCCAGAAAAUCCAAGUGUUGUCGAAAGCAAACGUUCUACAGAAAAUGAUCCACCAGAACCAGAUGCUGCUAAAGCCACUCAGCCUGCCCCAAGUGGUAAAGAAGUGAGUGAUGGACCAAAACAUCCAACAGGACCUUUUUUCCCAGUUUUAAGUAAAGAUGAAAGUACUACUCUCCAGUGGCCUUCAGAACUUCUGAUAUUUACCAAGGCAGAGCCGUCAGUUUCAUACAGUUGUAAUCCCUUGUAUUUUGAUUUCAAGUUGUCACGCAACAAAGAUGCUAAAGCUAAAGGAGUAGAAAAAUCUAAGGACGCUGUCGGUCUUUCUAAGGAAAAUGUACUGUCCACAGAAUCCAGUGACAUAAUCAAAGGCAAGGAGACAGGCUGCACAGGUAAUAGCUCAGUUGUAAAAAUGGAAACUAAAUCAGUGUCUACUUGCAACACCCAGAACAAGCAUGACUCCAACUUGGCAAGUGCCAGCAAACUGGAAGGAGCUGGUGACAGUAGCAAAAAUUUAACCAAUAAAAAAGACAAGUCUGGGAAAUCCCAUAAACAUAAAAAGAAAAAGAAGCACAAAAAAUCUAGCAAGCACAAACGUAAACACAAGGAAGAAGCUGAAGACAAAAGUCGAAAAAUUGACAUGGGGGAUGAGAAACCCAAGAAACGGAAAAAACACAAACACAAAAAAAGCAAAUCAUCUCUUUCCGCUGAAUCUGAGACAGUGCUGAAAACUGAAGUGCCUGAAGACUGUAGCCAUUUCCAGAAGAAAAAGCACUGUUUUCAGGACACUCAGAGAAAGUCUCUCUCUGCUGAAGAGGGAAGCAGUAGCAAAAAAGAUGACAGUGGCAACUCUUCCCAAGAGCACAGCAGCAAAAAACAUAAGGCUGACCUGCAACAGUUGUCUUCCGUGUCAAGGAGGCGCUGUUCUGCUCCUUCUGUUAGUAGGUCCAGCCACAGGAGCCGACAAAGUAGUGGAGACUACGACAGCGAUGAAGGUUCUCGUCGGAAGCACUUCCGACAGAAAUCUCUGUCGCAAUACAGUGAUGACUAUGACUCUGGUAGUGACCACUCCAGAAGCCGUUCCAGGUCAGGGCGAAGGCAUUCUUCUCGAAGGUCAUCUAGAAGAUCAUACUCAACGAGUUCUGAUGCCUCUGCUUCUUCAGACCACAGUAGAUACAGUCGCAGGAGAAGUUAUUCUGCUGAUAGCUAUAGUGAUUACAGUGAUAGAUCAAGAUGUCAUUCCAAGAGGUCUCAUUCUGACGAUGAUUCUGACUACAACAGCCCAAAUCGCAGAUCAAAAAGGCACAAGUAUUCUUCUUCAGAGGAUGACUACAGCCUUAGCAGAAGCAGGUCUAGAAGUCGAAGCAGGAGUCAUACCCAUGUUAGGGGGAGGUCAAGGACAAGAAGUCGGGGCAGAACACGGAGCAGCAGUUGCAGUCGCAGUCGAAGCAAGAGAAGAAGUCGAAGCGUGACUGGCCGCAGUUGGAAACGGAGUCGUAGCUACAGUCGGGAUCGCAGCCGCAGCACAAGAAGCCAUUCACAGAGGUCUCUUUCAAGAAAAGGAUCUCGUGGCCAUGAGAGCCCCGAAGAGAGGAGGUCAGGGCGAAGAGACUUCAUCAGAUCUAAAAUCUACCGCUCGCAGUCCCCUCACUAUUUCAGAGCUGGCCGAAGUGAAGGGUCUUUGAAAAAAGAAGAGAGCAAGGGAGAUGAAGCGAAGACAUCUGGCUUGCUUUCUCAGAACAGCAGCACUUCUAGUCUAGGAAAAGCUUCUGAAAUUGAUUGCAGUCCAGAAGAGAGAAACUCUGUCACGGCAAAACUUCUGCUUGAAAAGAUUCAGUCCAGGAAGUUUGAAAAGAAGCCCUGUACUACUGAUGAAAUGUUAGCCGGGGCAAACAAGCUUGGGAUAAAACUUAAAGAUCCUCCACAGGGAUACUUUGGCCCUAAGCUUCCUCCUUCAUUAGGUAACAAACCGGUUCUCCCUUUAAUUGGGAAGCUACCUACAGUCCGAAAACCAAAUACAAAAAGAUACGAAGAGUCUGGGAUAGAAAGGGGUGAGGAACAGGAGCUGUCAGAACCUGAGGAGGCUUCCCCAGGAAGUGGGGAAACUCAGUUGGCUGGUCAGCCUCUGCUGGAGGAGGUGGUGAUAGUAAUGCAAGACAAACCUCUAGAAGAACAGAAGCAUGAAGAGCCUGCUGCAGAAAUGCCAGCAGUUUCUCUUGAAGCACAGGCACUUCCUGAAUGUUAUAAUUCAGGAGAUCUGGUAAUGCCACACAACUUUCUCUCUGAUCCAAAUGAUAGUGAAGCUUUAGAACCUAUGGAUGGUGGGAACCAGCCUGUCCCUGUAGAAACUAGCAUCAUGCCUUUAGUUCCAGAUGUUGAACACUUUCCUGGUUAUGUACCUCAAAGUGGGGAACCAAGUAUUGAAGGAGAUCCAGAAGGAGCAGAAGAUUCCUCUCUUGCACCACUUGAGAGCCAACCAAUCACUUUCACACCCGAAGAAAUGGAGAAGUACAGUAAGCUUCAGCAAGCAGCUCAACAGCACAUUCAGCAGCAGCUUCUAGCAAAGCAGGUCAAAGCUUUCCCUGCUUCUGCAGCGCUGGCACCAGCUGCACCUGCUCUACAACCUAUACACAUUCAGCAGCCAGCAGCUGCAUCUGCAACAUCAAUCACCACUGUGCAGCAUGCCAUUCUGCAGCACCAUGCUGCUGCCGCUGCUGCAGCUAUAGGGAUUCACCCACACCCUCAUCCUCAGCCUCUUGCUCAGGUUCAUCACAUACCCCAACCACACUUAACUCCCAUUUCAUUGUCCCAUUUGACCCACUCUAUUAUUCCAGGGCACCCUGCUACAUUUUUAGCCAGCCACCCCAUCCAUAUCAUUCCUGCAUCAGCUAUACACCCAGGUCCCUUCACCUUUCAUCCUGUUCCACAUGCGGCUCUUUAUCCAACACUUCUUGCCCCUCGACCUGCUGCUGCAGCAGCUGCCACAGCAUUGCAUCUUCAUCCAUUGUUGCACCCCAUUUUCUCAGGUCAGGACUUACAGCACCCACCUAGUCAUGGCACAUGAAGGAAAAGGGAAGUGACCUCAGAGAAAGGAGAAAACAUGCGUCUUGGAAAGGGGCUGAAAAUGAUCCGGCUGGCAGGUGAGAUCUGAGAAUUUCCUUUCGCUCGUAACAGCCAAAGAAAUGGGAUGUGGCUUGCAGACCAUCUGAGUGGUGCAGCUGUUAAAUCUUGUGAGUGUUGUGUGCAUUUGUUUAUUAUCAGGGACUUUCUCACGUUCCCAACUCCUCCCUUUAUGUAGCACCACUGUAUCCUAGAGGAAUCAUCUCAAAUUCAGACAGAGACACGCUUUGAAAGGCUUCCCCCCUCUUUCCUCCUCCCAAUAUUAAAUAAUCUUUUUCUGCCCUUCUGUAAAUUACAAACAGUGUUUCAUACUCUGGCUGGCUCUCUCUAAUCCUUGUAACGAGGUCAUCUAAUUAAAACAGCAUACAUGAUUGAAUCCUGGUUGUAAUCGGUGAUGCAGCAUGUGUAAAAUAUUUGGUAGCUGACAUCUGAGCAUCCUGCCAUGGGGAUUUGAUGGAAGGGUACUGCCACUCUUGGUUGGCCUGGGGCAGAGACUGGUUUGCGGGCACUUGGUGCCUGCCAUCACCUAUCCAAGUACUUUACGCAAGCAGUGAAGGUGGAAAUAGGGUUUAAUUUUAAAGCUUCACUGAACAAAAGAGCUAAAAAGGUUCAAAGCUUUUUACUCUUCUCCAUCCUACAUUAACAUUCUUCUCUUAUGUGAGGCCUGCACGUUGACACCUUUUGUCUGUUAUGGAACAGAGAGGCGUGCUCAGAUUGCUAGUUUGUGAUUUCGGACAAGGCUUUGGUCAGUCUGCUGAGGGAGAUCGUUCAUCCUCCUGUGUCCUGAAAUACUGUAAAAGAAGCAUUUGAAUGAGAACAAAAAGUAAAAGCCCCUUAUGAAUAGAAGCAAUACAGAGGACUGGAACCCAAUAACAAUCUGGAGAGAGUAACCAGAAUGUGUAAAGUGUAUUCUUUCCUCUGUAAUAUUGAUGGUUUCCUUAUUAAUUUAUAGGAUUUUUUUUUAAUGUAAAGAAUUGCACUGAACUCUGUAAACAUAAAUGCUGCUUUUUGUAGCUCAUAAAAAGGUUACAUUUGUAGUAUACUGCAAUAAUAUUUUUUACAGCCAGUUCUUUUAGUGGUACUUGUUCUGGUGGCUUUUGUGUAAAUAUGUUUGCUGUAGUUGAAAUAAGACACUUGUAAAGGUUAAACUUUAUAGUUUCAGCUAGAUGCAAAAUGACUAAGCAUGUAUAUUUUAUCAAGCUCAUGUAUUUUUGAAGUUUUUAUGUACUAUAAAAUGUAAAAAAAAAUCUUCAUUUAGCAUUUUGCAGAAGAAAAAUGUGAGAAUUGGAAUAAAUAAGGUGCAUUGAAGACACCGAUGACUCUAACAGCUAAUGAAUUGCAUCACAUUGAAAAGUGAUGACUGAAGGAUUUGUAAAAUGCUAUACAAAUGGAACCAACAACAUAGGCCUGUUGCAUGCUUCUGGUCUUUAGCUAAGCAGCCAGCUUCAUAGGAAUUGACACUGGAGGCAGAUUCAGAAGUGUCAGGAAACUGGGUUAAGUCCUAUAGAGCAUAAUUACCCAUGCUUUUUCUGGGGUUUUAACCACUGCCUCAGCUGUUUCAGACAGUUCCACUAUUCUAUUUAAAUGAUAAAGGAACCUUUUACCUCUAAAGAAAUGCCUUUUUUCGUAGGUAAAAGUGCUCUGAUUGGUCACUCAUUUGACAACUCCUGUCUGAUCUUUUUAAUAGAUUUCUUCAUUCAUUUUUGCAUCAGUCUCUUCACUUUUGGUUAUCAUUAGCCAUGGAAGUUGUCCCUAAAGCAUUAGGUGUUCCAAUUGCAUCAACACUAAAUCAGGAGAUUCAGUCCUACUUUAUUUGGAGGAUUUAAAGUGCAGAAUCUCCCUGCUUUAAUGCAGCUUUCAGAUACGUUUUGUCCAGGGAGUCCUAUUUCCUAGCAGAAUUGGUAACAGCCUUUUGUAUCACUCUUUAUCACCUAGGUUCAAACCAGUGGCAGAUUCAUUCUGUGCUGUCAGACCCUGAGCAAGGCAGGCAGUGCUAGGACAAGACGAUACAGUUUGCACAUUGCUUCAGCAGCAGUUAGCAUUCCCAUUCUUCCAUUUUCUCCCUACUCUCCCCAGAGUGCUGAACUGAGAAAUCUGGGGUGCAAAAGUCAAACGAUUUAAAUCCCUGAGCUUCCUCACUAGUUAAAGAGAGAAACUUGCAUUUUGAACAAAUAGCACUGAAAUCUCAUGGUCAGAUAAAGGGACUCAAUUUUUUUAAUUAAUGUAAAUAUUUAACAGAAUACAGUAUUAAUGUUUCAAUGCUGAACUUCAUUAGCUUCUAGACUCAGUAUGCGUUUUCUGGCACCCUUCACACUGCAGUCGGGGGGGAGGGGGGUUGACUUCCAGAAUAGUGCUAAAAAUACUUAACCUAUCAUUUACUUAAUAGGCAUAAAUGGACUGUAUUUAACUUUGUCACAUAAGAUAUAUAUAUGCUGUAAAAUGAGGGAAAAGAAACUUUCUAAUAAACCAAUGAUUUGUGGAAAA